CCGACAUCGAUGCGUCGCUUCUUUAUAUAGGGCACGCAGCAAAGAUGCCGUGUUCCUAAAUCAGAACACCAAAAUCUUGUAGCCAAGGAGGCAAAUCAGAACCACCAGGGCGCCACCACCAUAGGCAUGCAGUCGCGGCCGCACGUCCUCCUCGUGUCGUUCCCUCUUCAGGGCCACGUCAACCCGCUCCUUCGCCUCGGCGGACGCCUCGCGGCCAAGGGCCUCCUCGUCACCUUCACCACGUUCCGCCACGGCGGCCUCCGCGCCCUGCGCGACGACGGCGCCUGCGUUGACUUCGGGCUCGGCCGCCUCCGGUUCGAGUAUCUUCGCGACGGGACGCGCUGCCCGGACGACCCGUGCUACCUGGACCCCAGCGACAUGCUACGGCACGUCGUGGACGUGGGGCCCUCGGCGCUCGAUGGCCUCAUCCGGCUCCAGGCCGACGCCGGGCGGCCCGUGGCGUGCGUCGUGAACAACCCCUUCGUGCCAUGGGCGCUCGACGUGGCCGGGGGGAUGGGCAUCCCGUGCGCGAUGCUUUGGAUUCAGUCGUGCGCCGUGUUGUCGCUGUACUAUCACUUCUACAGCUUCCCCGAGGCCUUCCCGUCUGAGGCCGAGCCCGACAUGCCGGUUGCGCUGCCCGGCCUGCCAACGGUGGCCGCGGAAGAGCUGCCACUCAUGGUUCGUCCCGAGUACGCGGGGACCUUGUGGGGCGAAGUGCUCAGGGCGCAGCUCGGAGAGAUCAAGAAAACGGUGUCUUGGGUGCUGGUCAACACAUUCGACGGGCUCGAGCGCUCGGCCAUUGAGGCGCUUCGCGCCCACGUGCCGGUUACGCUCGUUGGUCCGCUCUUGGAGCAUGACCAUGAGGGCAACGACGAGCUUGCCGUGGCAGCUGACAAGGGCAGCAUGGCGUGGCUCGACGCGCAGCCGCCCCGUUCCGUGGUGUACGUGGCGUUCGGCAGCCUCGUGAACAUCGGCCGAGGCGAGAUGUUGGCUGUAGCAGAGGGUCUGCUCGGCACCGGCAGGGCUUUCCUCUGGGUGGUGCGCGACGACAGCCGCGAGCUCCUUCCGGAAGACGUCCUCGCGGCCUGCAGCGACAAGGGCAAAAUCGUGGCGUGGUGCCCGCAGGGGCGCCUGCUCGGCCACGGCGCCGUCGGAUGCUUCGUGACGCACUGCGGUUGGAACUCGAUCACCGAGGCGCUCGCCGCGGGCGUGCCGGUGGUUGGGUACCCGUGGUGGUCCGACCAGUUUACCAACGCCAAGCUCUUGGUGGACGAGUACAAGGUCGGCGUCCGGCUGCCCGCGCCAGUGACGCAGGACGCCCUCCGUGCGUGCGUUGACGAGGUGAUGAGCGGGCCGGAUGCAGCAGCGUUCCGGAUGAGAGCGGCAAAGUGGAAGGAGGAAGCGACAGCAGCCGUCGCCGAUGGCGGGUCCUCAGACCGGAACCUCCAGGCUUUUGUUGAAGAUAUACGACGGUCCAGACUCCAGCGGAUCUGAAGUUAGCACGAUUGACUCGAUCGCCUCCAGAGUUCGAUCUCGCUUGGGACGUCCUGUAACUUUUACCGGCGGUCACUCUCUGAGCGCUGUUAGAUUGCGUGCACGAAAGUUGGGAUGACGUGGUCGAAACA